CUGGAGACGGGUUCACAUGCAGAGCACAAGAGCAAAGCCAAGAGCCACUAGAGUGUGGUCCAGGAUAUGCACCGUGGGGCCUCAAAUGCAUGGACAUCAACGAGUGCAUAUACGGGAGCAAUAACUGCGAUCAGAAUGCCGUCUGUACCAAUACCCUGGGAAGCUUCGAGUGCCAAUGUAUUGCUGGGUACACUGGAGAUGGCAUUACAUGCACACAACAACUGGAGUCCAACACGGAACCUUGCUUACAACUUGACGACCAGGUGGACGAAGAGACUA